GGUUUACGGUUGUAGUGGGAAAAAAAAUUAGUUCUAAUAGCAUGCAUAGCAUUUUAACCGGGUGUGCAGGUGUAGGUCGAUUAUUAAUGCCUUCAGGUUGAGACAGGUGAAUCUAUCGACAGCAGACGUUCUUGACUCGAUUACACCGCACUCCACGUACAAGUUUGUUUUAAAAUGGCGGCGGAAGCGACGAAACAGUUGAGGAAGCGCUGUUGAGAGAAGUGAGUUGGCGUCAGCGGCAGCAAGUGCACUCUGAGGAAGAGAGGUGGUGCGACGUGGUGUUUGUGUUUACCGGCCGCUUGUUUUACCUCCUCCCUCCACCUGUAGUGACUUUAUGUGACAGCGGAUGACCUCCCUCCAGAGCCGUUUGUGUGGAGGAGCCAUGGGGGCGAUGGUGGAGCCGCAGUAGCCCCAGCAUCAUCAUGGAUCUCUCCAAGCGGAUGCUACCUGGCAUCCACCUGUAGCGUCCACCGGCUGCGGCAUGGCAAACCCGAGCCUCGGCCCACAAAAACAGAUGGACGGCCGCUCUGGGGUGUCUGCUGGAGUCGUUGUGAAGAACGGAUCUUUGGGCAACAAAUCAAGCGCCUCCAACUCGUACGACAAACCCAGCUGUGCUUUAGGCAGCGAGCUGGUCCUGCCCAGCUACAAGCCGUCCUGCUCCUCCACUCCCAUCUACUACAGCAGUCCCCAGAAAAACUGCUCCGACUUGGACCCGGACCGCCACAGUUUGACCUCUCAGGACUCGGGGAUCCCCACUCUGGAGAUCAACCCUCCAGACCACGGCCACCAUCACCCGGGAGACGCCGCCGAAGACUGUCCCGCCACUUUACCUCUGGACGAUAACCCGGCCGACAACAAUGGCAUGCACAGGUCCUCCACCUUCCCCCGCAGCGGCUACGACUCCGUCCGACACUUCAGCCCCACCGUCAGGCUGACGGCCGCGUCGGGACUGAGCGUGGGGGGCGGAGCCCUGAACCGCAGCGACGACAUCUCGGUGUGCAGCGUGUCGAGCAUGAGCACCGAGCUGUCCGUCUCCAACGAGGACAUCCUAGACUUCACCGUCACUUCGGACUCCAGCGCCAUCGUAACCCUGGAAACGGAUCUCAGUGGCUCGGCCCACUUCUCGGACGUGGCGCUGUCGUCGCCACUACCGGGAGAUUUCCGGAGUACCGGGCGAGGGCGUCCGGGGACGGGCGGCAUGCAGCUGGACGAUGGAAAGCUCAAGAAACUGGGAGCUUUUUCCAAUUUGUUCAACAGGAACCUGUUUGCCAAGAAAGUGAAGGACAGUAAUCCCGCGGAGCAGAAAGAUCCGGGUUGGAAGCUGUUUGGGAAGCUCCCGCCCCGGGAAGGCCCCCUAAAGGACCCCAAGAAAAUCCAAAAGGAAUAUGAAACAAAGAGUGGCAAAGCUGGACCUGGCAACCCGACAUCCCCCAGGCAGGGAGUGAGGAAGAACCUGGACUUCGAGCCCCUCUCCACCACCGCGCUCAUCCUGGAGGACAGACCUGCUAAUCUGCCCGCCAAACCUGCAGAGGAGGCCCAGAAACACCGACAGCAGUAUGAGGAGAUGGUGGCCCAGGCCAAGAAGAGAGAGCUGAAGGAAGCUCAGAAAAGGAAGAAGCAGCUGGAGGAUCGCUGUAAGCUGGAGGAGAGCAUCGGCACGGCGGCCCAGAUCUGGAACCAGGAGAUCCUACCCAACUGGAGCACAAUGUGUACGUCCCGGCGAGUGAGAGACCUCUGGUGGCAAGGCAUCCCUCCAAGUGUCAGGGGAAAAGUGUGGAGCCUGGCUGUGGGCAACGAGCUGAACAUCACACAUGAGCUGUAUAACAUUUGUCUGGCCCGGGCGAAGGAGAAGUGGAGAAGCACAGCAGUUCUCACCACUGACACCGAAGACGUUUUAGAUUCUUCGGACCGCGAGUCGAGCCUGGAGCUCAUCAAGCUGGACAUCUCCAGAACUUUCCCCCAACUGUGCAUCUUCCAGCAGGGCGGGCCUUAUUAUGACGUGCUGCACAGCAUUCUGGGAGCGUACACGUGCUACCGGCCAGACGUCGGCUAUGUGCAGGGGAUGUCGUUCAUCGCCGCUGUGCUCAUCCUCAAUCUGGACACAGCCGACGCCUUCAUAGCUUUCGCCAACCUGCUCAACAAGCCCUGUCAGAUGGCCUUCUUCAGAGUCGACCACAGCCUUAUGUUGACGUACUUUGCAGCGUUUGAAGUGUUCUUUGAAGAAAAUCUACCAAAGCUCUUUGCACAUUUCAAGAAAAACAACUUGACUCCUGAUAUUUAUUUAAUUGACUGGAUCUUCACACUGUACAGCAAGUCUUUGCCACUGGACCUGGCGUGUCGCGUGUGGGACGUGUUCUGCAGGGACGGCGAGGAGUUCCUGUUCCGCACGGCGCUGGGCGUGCUGCGCCUCUACCAGGACGUCCUGACCUCCAUGGACUUCAUCCACAUGGCUCAGUUCCUCACCCGGCUCCCUGACCUCAUCCCCCCUGAGCAGCUCUUCCAGCACAUCGCAGCCGUUCACAUGACCAGCCGCAACAGGAAGUGGGCCCAGGUCCUGCAGACACUGACAGAGCAGAAGAGAUCCGGAGCGAGGCUGUCCGGAGCCGAGGCGCUGAGCUGAGGUCAGAGGGAAGGUCACACACUAAUCCACUCAGAUCCCCUCCAGCUUUCAGGGCAUCCUGCACCUGAAAGAGACAGAGACACCCCCUCCCCCCCACCUCACAUCAACUUAUGGGGGAGAAGUAAACUACUGUAGCUGCUGAGAUGGAGCUCUCCUUCGUGUUGCCGCUCAGACCCUAAACCAGCAUCCUAAAGGAGGGUCUGCCGGUCAGGAAGCACCGGGAGGUGAAAGGAAUACGAGGCCUUAUUUUCCUGUUUUACUCCCCAACACCCACCAUGAAGCCCAGCAGUGAACUGGAAACUGUAGCUGGGAAACUGUGAAGAAUGUAUCGCACUCCCACCGUCAUGAACACCAGGCUGAGUCAGAUCUCCUCAGGCAGAGGGAGGAAACCACAGAGGUACCACUGAAGUUCCUCCACCAGUCUCUCCACCCGGCGCCGGGUCCUCUGCUGUCGGCUACCUGAACCGCGUUCCACUCGUCUUGUCUCUUUCUUCCUCUGGUUACCGUAACGAGAAUCACAAAGCCCUUUUUAUUAUUUUUUUUAUUUUUAUUUUUUUCCCCCAGAUGUGUACCAGUCAGGGAACAUCACUCUUAUCUUUAAUUUCCACUCUUUGCUUUCAAAAAGGCCAUGCUUGUUUAUAAUGUGGCCAGUGGAUUCUGUUUGCACAUCUAUCAUUCCCUCAUGGUGUGUGUGUGCGCGUGUGUUUUAUUUAAUUAGUCAGGCUUGUUUUCUGAAUCAUUCCAUUCUGUCGCGCUAAAAUCCACCAAGCUGCUACUCGAUCACAUGCUGACUCUGCAGCUUCUAUCCAACAUGCAAGUAAUGAGAACUCUUCAUCGAGGUCGUAUUAUAAGCUGCCUGGAAAAUUCUUUUUAUUUUUGCAUCAAUGAAACUGGGUUAACUUAAAAAAAAGUGGUGAAGUUGGUCUAAACACUGCAGAUGUUGAUUUCUUUUUCAUGCUUUUAAUGUGUUGGUGGUACAUUUCAGCUUUGUAGUGUCCUGGAGUGUGAAGUCUUUUUGUGCGGUUAUUUAAUAUUUAUCGAAAAUGUGAUGAGACAUACAAUUGAAAUGAAGGAUGUGGCGAAGUUCCUCCUCAGCAAGUGAGAGGAGUGUGAACAUGUUGCAUCAGACAAGCCGACACGUGUAACUAUGUUUUACUGUUGAGACGGAACCGGUUUACUUGAUUUACUAAGUGAUUGAAGAAACAUUUUAUUAGUCUUUGUUAAAAUUUGUCCAGAUAGCUGUGAUAGUAAAAUAUGAACUCUGUAUUCUCAAGCAAGAUCUGCAGUUUUAGUGUGCAAGUUCUGCCUAGCCGAUACUGUAAAUUCAAGAAGGAGCCGUCGGAGGCUGAUGGUGACAGUUUAAGAGCUUUAAUAUAAAGUAUAAUUCAUGUCUGAAGCUGCAAUAUGUCAUUGAUUUUUAAACAUGAAUGCAUGAAUUGAUGAAGUUUCCCAACAAACUAUUUUUCUUACAUUUUAUUUUAGCACUUUCUUCCAUGAGGCAUCCAUAUUGGAUCUUGAAGUUGCAGCUGGGGAGGCUCCUCCCACUUUUGGAACAGGCUCCAAUACAUUUUGAAGAACACUUGUAGACAUAGGCUACUGUAAGUUUCUCACAGUAUGUAAGUAAAAACGAGAAUGUUAUUCCUGCUGUAAAAUAAUAUGACAGAUUAUUGCAGUCAGGGCCGGAUUUAGAAGUACAAGGGCCCAAACUAGUUUUGGUGCCAUAGAAAAAAAAAUCUAACUCAUGCAAAUUACAGAGCAUAAUAGAUCCUGUGUAUGUCUGCAGAUGACUCCAUUUUGGCCCCAAAGUGAUUGGUUUCAAAUAUUUGAGAAGUUUAAAUUAAUAGAAAAAAACACGGCAUGCAAAAUUAGUCCACGACCUUAAUAUGAGGUAUGAUGUUUGCGAAAGACGCAAAGUACACACAAAAAAGUGUUUUGUUUUGGGUGGGGGGUUUGAGGAGCCCUGGGCUACUGCCCAUGUCGGCCCUUUCUAAAGUCUGGCUCGAAUUGCAGUUACAGUUUGUCAGCCAGUUUGUCUUUAAAAGUGAGGGGAAGGUGUAGCUCUUAACUGGAACUUUAUUAAAUUAUACUUUUUUUUUUUUUCUUUAAGUGUGAGUUAAGAAGCUGUGAAUUCUUGCUUUAAUACCAGAAACUUUCCCCCACCUAAACACACAUUAACACACUACACGGCUGCUCCUGGUUUAAACUCUGCUGCUCCAAAGCGCAGCAGGAUGAGUUCAAAGUACGACUGGCUGUAAAUGUCUUGGAUGUUGGGGAUCAGAUGUUGGCUCUGCUUUAGUCAGACUUCUGUGGCCUUCACAGUGGAUUCACACUGUGGUAAACGUGUCAUCCCAUCAUAACCAGGUGACGCCUGCAUUUAUAUUGCCGCCAUCUGUAAAGUUAAAGUAAGGACCACAUGAAACACCUAAAAAUUUAUUUCUUGAAACUUUUCUUUAUUUUAUUUUUUUAAGCCCCAAUUUUAAUCUAAUCAGGUUGAAAGCAUAGAAAUCUGAUUGGAUCUGAAGGUCAACUGUGGAUAAAAUUGCCGUUUCCUCUUGCUUGUUUUGCUGCUGAUUUUUUAUUUUUUUAUUUUUUGAGGCUACUUUUGUUUUCUGUGAAAAUCUCCUCUCAGUGGGACCGCGCUCUCUAAGUACACCGAAGUCUUGAGAUGACUUGAAACCAAAAAUCGGUUCUGACUUGUCGGAUUCUUCUCACUCAUCUUUUGGCUGUCUCCAGACAGUUUUCUGUUUCUUUUCUGCUUUCACAUCAUCAUCUUUCUGCACUUCACCCUCCCUCCCCUCCACCCACCAUUCAACUCCUCCACUGUGGUUUUUUUAAAAAACCACACAGGACUGCAAUAAAGCUUUUUGCACAAACAUGUCAGUCUUUGCAUUGAGUUGUGUCUCGCAUCAUCACUUCAUGUCAUCGGUCACAGUUAAACUGGUUUCCGUCUUUUUGUUUUCGUGUUGUUUGCACUGACGUUGCCGUGCCGAUCUUUUCUCUGUAAUGCGUGCUUGUGGUAAGAAGGUAAUUGCUCAAAGAUGUUGGUUUCUAACAUGUUACAUUAAAGGUGAAACCUGGUGUUAUCUAUCAACACUAAUUGUCCUUUCUUUAAUCCAAAGCACUUAAAACACACAAAACCCCUCAAUCAUCAGUGUCACUUUCCUUGGCUCAGUAAUCGGGUUGAUUUGUUGGUUUUAUUUUAUAUCGUCACUUUUGUUUUGGUUUUUUCUUGAGACCUGUGUACUGUUGAGGACUGAGGGUCGACAUGCAACUGUAUCUCACUUGAAAAUGUACAUAAAUGAUGGUUUUAUCAUAAUAAAAAGCUGUACAUACCCUC